CAACCAUUCGUUUUUCUCACUAUUGUUUAUCUCGUCAUAUGAUAGACGCCCCACAUAUAUAAGUGCCACCCCAUCCAUCAGUGCCUCCAUCCGUCUAUGGCUCAGUGUCGUUGUGUCCCAUCAUAAUGGCUACCGUGACUACCACCAAGAAGAAGAAGCUCGUGUACAAGCAGGACCCCGACGGCGUGUUCCGGUUGAAGAAAGUCGACACCGACGAACCGCUGCCCCACCAGCCAGCACCAGCACCAGACUCCACUCCUGGCCUUUUGAACGAACUCUUGGACUGCUCGUACCAGAUCGUGCCGCCCCCAGCGGAAGCAGCACCAGCAAUUCCUGCAGUUCCUGCAGUUCCAGCACCAGCAGAAAUCACACCAGAGCCUGUCCACCACGCUCACCACUCCCACCACGUCCACCCCGUUCCUGAGCCAAUGGCAGUGCCCCUGGCCCCACAACCUGCUUCCGCCACUGAUCCAGGGGUAUCGUGGUACGAAUCGGGACCCGCGCACGACCGCAGGCGCAAGAAAUCAAAACUCAAGCAAAAACCAAAAUCAAGACCCACACUUCCUCCCCAGCCUCCCCUCGUUGUCCCCCGCGUUAACUGGAUGAGAAUGGCUGCGGACCACACCUCGGCGCAAGCGAAGCAAUUCCACCCUCCCAGCUUCGUGCUUGGCGCCACCACCGCGGGCGUGCUCUACGUGCUGCGGGCAGCACUCACACACUAUGCGUUGGUGGUGUUUGACAUCCUCAAGUUUGCCAUUUUGUGGGGCGUGUUGUUAGUCGUCAUCUGCUGGUGGACAGGCCUCAUCAAGCCUCAGGACACUGAGCGCAUUUCCGACGCUUUGACUCGUAUGAAGCUCAGAAUGGUUACCGAUGCCAUUCCCGCCGUUCCCAUUCCUCGUCCCCAGCCUGAACGCAGAAACACCCUCACCAAGGUCACACCAUUCAAAUUCCAGCCUAAGAACGAGAGGCACCAGAGCACUCCCGACCUCCACCAGCACGCCAAACCAGCGCAGCCCCAGCCCAAGCUCACACGUAUCCAUACUACAGGAUUGCGCACCUCGCCCCAGAAGACGUCUCCCGCAAAGGUUUCGCCUCGCAAGGCCCGUAACGGCUCCAUUGACACAUCUGCAUCCCACAAGAGAUUGCCUCCGUACCCCAAGGAGGCUGAGGAGUUGCCGUUUAUCAACGAGGUCAAGUUGGUCAGCGACCAGGCCUCAGAGUUCCUGCUGGAAGACGCGCACGCUCCUCCCGCGGUGGCUUCUCACGGAGCUCCUAAGAGACUGAACACCUAUUCAUCGAAGCAGUAGUUCUUAUCUCACAAGUGCUGUUAACGCCACUAUCUUUAUUAAUGACUUUGAACGCUAUAGAGUAGGUAAUUAGCGUGAGAUUCAUAAUUCAACGGAAGUCAGAGUAAAUACAACUGGACAAUUCAGUAUUUCGAGAUAAGUAUGAACAUCCUCAAACACCGAACAGUUUGAUAAGUUUCCUCUUUAUUCUGAAAAUUAUUGACAAAAUGAAAUAUUACGUUUGUAAAAAUCUGAUUACUCAAGAAGUGAGUUUUCUCUUUUAAUGGACCAUCAGAU